GCACAUAAUGGUUAUCUAAUAAAACAACAAAUCUUAUCCAUACAAAUGAAAUGAAUGGAUCCAAUUCUCGUGGUUUCCUACUAAAAUUUCCAAACCAGGUAGGACUCAACCGGAAUUGCAACUAUAUUGAGAAGUUGAGAAAUUUGAACCACCAAAAAGGCAAUGGCAACCUCUUACAUGACCUGUACGAAGUUUGCUAUGAUGGGUUGUCUUGAAGGAAAAAGAAGAGGACUAAGAAAGAGAAGGGUAGUCUCUGUUUCAGCUCAGCAGCAAGCUGAGGUCCAAGAAGGACAGCAGAGAAAGUUUGAAGAGCAGCAAGAGACAGUGAGGCAACAGGCCAAACAGCCGAGACCUGUUGAACCACAGCUGAAUGUUAAGAGCAAAAACAUGACCAGAGAAUAUGGCGGUCAGUGGCUGAGUAGUGUCACCCGGCACGUCAGAAUCUUUGCUGCCUAUAUUGAUCCAGAGACCUCUGAAUUUGAUCAGACCCAGAUGGAUAAACUCACCCUUAUACUUGACCCUACAGAUGAGUUUGUGUGGACUUCUGAAACUUGCAACAAGGUCUAUUCAUAUUUCCAGGAGCUGGUGGAUCACUAUGAGGGUGCUCCGCUGACGGAAUACACACUUCGUCUCAUUGGUUCCGAUAUAGAACACUAUAUAAGGAAGUUAUUAUAUGACGGUGAAAUCAAAUACAACAUGAAUGCCAAAGUACUCAAUUUCAGCAUGGGGAAGCCACGUGUUCUAUUUAACAGCACUGCCGACCAGCUUCAAGAUGUAGAGUGAUUACAUCAAAAUGUAACCGCAAAUUAAUACAUCGGCUUGUAGCAUGUGAAAAUAACCACAUUUUGAGACAGUUUGCCCUGCAGAGCUAUUGUGUCAUACACCAAUCCAAGCCUAGGGCUUCACAAAAAAAGGACAAUCCUGAAGUUCCAAAUUUUCUGGUCAUUUGCCAUUACUAGACACGUGUUCCAUUUGCAUCAAGAGAUCUAUGGUAUCCAGAGAUCUAUGUUAUCACAGACAAAUCAUCCGGCAGAACUUCUGGCAUCACCUCCAAACAUGCCGAAUCCAACCAUGGUCGAAAUGCUCCUUCAUGGGCCACAUUCUGACAAAGAAACCCAAAAUUUUAGGAAGCAAGUGUUACCACGUGAUUUUUUUCUACAAAUAAAAAAUUGAUAUGCA